GACGCGACGCUGAUUCGGUCGUACUAUAAUGGAUUCAAAGGUCGAGGUAAAAAAAAUGCACCUGAUGCACCUGCUGGACUCGAUUGUCUUACAAUACACGGGCAUGACGACAUCAGCAACGCGAGGGAAGCUCAGGCUGCCACUGGUAUGAUCGACGAUGGGGGUGAAGAUGAAGGUGAAGAUGAAGAUGAAGAAGGCGAGGAAGACGAGGAAGAGCUAGACAUUGACGUUCUAGAAAAAUUGGAGGCGAUCUUAUCGUCAAACUUCCAGUCUACAGGCACUUUUGCUUUCAAGCAAGCUUAUCCAGAUGCUCCCAAUCCGGUUCUCAAAAUACAUGGCUUGGGAACUAUUGGAUUGCCUCUCAGUUCUCGUGAUGCCGAAGCCAUCAAAACAUCCGCGGAACAGGCUCCGUUUGGGAUGGGUGAAAGAACGGUCGUAGAUAAGACCGUUCGUGAUACCUGGGAAAUUGACGCAAAAUCAGUUGCAUUCGGAAGCACUCGGUGGGUCGAAUUCAUGGCUGAUGUUGUGAAGUCAGUAUGCCAAACGUUGGGAGUCAAUUUCGCCGCAAGUGCACCUCGUUGCGAGCUCUACAAGCUUCUACUGUAUGAGAAAGGAUCACAUUUCUUGCCGCAUGUAGAUACGGAAAAAUCCAACGGCAUGUUCGCAACGAUUGUCGUGGUUCUACCUUCCGAGUUCACAGGCGGUGAAGCGCAUCUUUCUCAUGGCGGACUCUCGUUGAAAUACGACACCAGCGUAGACGGCGCGUCUCAAACGACAGUCAUGGCCUGGUACACGGAUGUCAUGCAUGAGGUCAAGCCAGUAACCAGCGGUUAUCGACUUGCGCUAUCAUACAACCUCAUCCAUACUACGACGUCACUUAGACCAGCCUUGUCGUCCAACCUUGCACUAACAGACCAUCUCCGAGAAAUUCUCUGCAAAUGGCACAAGGACGCAGGUCAAUCCUCCCAUGAGAAGAUUGUCUACCUAUUGGAUCACAAGUACUCCCAAGCGAACUUACGAGCCAGUGCUCUGAAAGGCUCUGAUGCUCAAAUGGUUGCGACCCUGGAUUUGCUGGCCAAAGACACGGGUUUCCAUCUCGGCCUUGCUCAGGCUGUCUGCCAUCUUCAAGGCUCCGCCGACGAGUCUGGCGUAGGUCAUUCAUACUAUGGACGUCGUAGACGAGGCUGGUAUGACGAAUAUGACGACGAGCCGGAUUACGACGAUGUCGAAUUUGAAGAAAUCGAAACACGCGAGACCGAUAUAGAGCACUUCGUGGAUAUGGACGGAAAACUAAUAGCAUCCAGCCUUGACUUCGAUGAAGAGACAGAAACUAUUCCUGAGAAUAUUGCCGAGGGUGUAGAAGAUGGAGACUACGAAAACCAAGAAUUCGAAGGGUACAUGGGCAAUUACGCGGGCUCUUUGGAUCGCUGGUAUCGUCGCACUGUCCUGGUUAUCUGGCCUGAUUACAACGACUGUAAUAUCCGGUUCAGUGGCGACAAUUUCAAGCAUGCGUUAGACAGCCUCUCAAAGAUGGCAUCUGUAGCACACGAACCGACUGCAGAAAAUUUGGAGUUAGCAAGCUUUGUCCUCUCUUGUCACUUCAAAGACCCGAAGCGUGUCCUACAUGCAGUAUGUGCCGCAGCAAUCGCCUGGAACGAUCAGUUUCUAUGGGGGCAGGCAAUUAGAGAUUGCGGCUGGAAGGGUUUUGACGUCAUCUCUGACAAUGAACUCUUCCAGGGUAUCCAAAAAUUCGGGUUUGAGGCUGUUCGACCAAGUAUGGAGCAUUUAUUGCAGAAAGACGACACAAACCAUCGGCGAUUGGGAUUCCUGACACGGUUGAAAGCGUGGGUCCUCGGACAGCAGUCUGAGGAACUAAAGCAAGAUACAAGCCCAUGGAUCGGGUCAAAAGUGGAACUUACUGUCGGGUCACUUAAGAAGCCGCUCCCAGGUGACCUAGAACUUUUCAUCCAGUUGUCCGUGGAACGGGGAGGUAUUUCGCACCUUCAGGAUAGCAUAAUUCCACAGAUCGUACCCCUCACGGAUCCCACGUUGCUCAAAGAUUUCGCGCUCCUCGUACACGCUGACGCGAGACUCCCUCCUUCUGACGUCAAGACCAAGGUCGUGUCUGGAUUACUCUCUGCUGCCCUUUCGUCGCACUCCUUCAACGAAGCAUCCCAACCAUCUACAACCUAUCAUUCCAACUUCGUCACCGCAAAGCUCUACUUGCAGGCAUGCUUCGAUACACAAUGCUACGAUCUGACAGGCGGCAUCAUCAACAAGGUAGCAAAUGGCAUUGCGCAUCCUUGCUCUGGGAACCAGUUGCAGUAUGUCAAGGAAGUGGCUCUUCCACUUCUAGCCUUCCUGCACGAAUACAUCAGCAAAAAUCCGGGAUAUACUCCGCCAUACCUGGAUCUUCUGCUUCAACGCGCGAUCGAUGUUUAUACCACAUCAAUGGGCAAUUCCGUUACCAAAGGAGAAAUCCAAUGUCUCGUGCAGGCUGUCGCUUUGGACAGUAGUGAAAGUUUAUUUGCGAAUAGGAUACUCCCAAAAUUACUUCAACUUCCACUAAAAGCGGCGGAGCUGAAGGACGUUUUCGAAGAACUGUUCGCUAGCAAGAAUCGUAUUGCAUUCCCGGCGAACUAUUCGGGCCCCACUAUCGAUAUGGCAGUGGGAACGCUUGCACGCAAAUUUGCCACAGUAGUUUCGCUAGAGUUGACACAGAUCAUCCUGCAUACUUUAGAGGCUUGUAUGAAGGUCAAUGCAGGAGAGGCGUGCUCCGUGAUUAUCAAGCGCAUUGUCGACAAGUCGAAACUCACCGCAAACUAUAUCACCCAAGUUCUGAUCCCCCUUAUGCCUCGUCUUCGGGAAUUGGCCAAUCGGUACAGAACGCUUGACCAUCUUGCGCCAGCAUUCCAAGCGAUUAUGCUCGCAUGGAUUAGCAAGAUCCUUGGGAAACGACCGGACGCCGAUGUCUCAAGUAUUCAAGCCAAUUUGAAACGUUGGCCGUGUGGUUGCCAGCACUGUCAGAAUGCUAGGGCAUUGCUAGCAAAAGCUGAGCGAUCGAACCAAAUGCAUCGCAUUGGUGCGCCAGCGAGAAGACACGUCGAGGCCUACCUAUCCCAGUAUGCCAGAGGUGCUGCAACGUACGAUACGGUGAGGUCGACACCACAAGGUUUGCAGUUGACAAAAUCAGACGUGUUAUUCCAACAUCUACGAUGGAAAGCUGAACAAGCUAAAGGUGCAGAUAUAUUGAAGACCAUCAGUACUGACGAAGCUGAGUUGAAGCGUAUCCUUGGACCACACUACGACUCGAUCACCACAUUACUUCGGGGCCAAAAGGUCGUGAACGUUCACCACGCCCCUCAGAAUAUGCAACCACGAGCUGGGUCGAGUACUGCUGCUGCUGUAAGGUCUCAGUUUGCACAGCAGACAGCACCUGCAAUAGCUCAACCUACCUCUGUGCCAGGACCCAGUAACUUCGCACGGCCACCCGCCGCACAGGUCCCCACCGGUAUGGUAACACCGUACGGUAACGUCGGUGGGACGUCCGUCUUCAGGAUAGGAUCUGGGCUUAUGCCACCCACCACCCAAGGAUCGGUUGGACAACCUCCAGCGAAGAAGCGGAGGACAACAUACAAUACAGACGAUGUGAUUGAUCUCACAUGAAGCUCGGAGAGGCAGAGGCAAUCUUCAUCGUACUGUAUUUGCGUACUUGGCUGUAUUGUA